AUGAGGUACAAAACUCUGUUCUUUGGAUUAUCUUGUAUUCUUUUUGCUUAUUAUAUUUAUACACCCAUACCAGAAAACAUUGAAGAAUACUGGAAAGUGAGAAUCAUAGAUGCUGGUACGAAAAUAUCAUCACUUAUGGGCACAUUAUUUGAAAAUAUGGGUAUUAUGAAAUUUGAAGACUUUUUCAACAUAUUAAUGAAACUUCAAAAUAUAAAGCCAGUUUCAGAUGAAAACAUUACAGUGAUUGACACAGACUUCAGUAGCAUUCCUGUUCGUCUGUAUUUGCCAAAAAGGAAGUCUGAAAGACAGAGACCAGCUGUUAUUUAUAUUCAUGGUGGUGCCUUUUGCUUUGGAAGUCGCAAGAUGCUGCCUUAUGACUUCCUGAAUCGACUGACAGCCAACAAACUUGAUGCUGUUGUUAUAGUACCAGACUACAGACUGGCUCCUCAGUAUCCAUUCCCAGCAGCCAUUGAAGAUUGUGUUUCUGUGGUCAAGUUCUUUCUCCAGGAUAAAGUUCUUGAAAAAUAUGGAGUGGAUCCUUCUCGCAUCUGUAUUUCAGGAGACAGUUCUGGGGGCACCUUGGUAGCAGCAGUGACUCAACUGCUACAGGAUGAUCCAAAAUACAAAAACAAGCUUAAGGCACAAGCCUUGAUAUACCCUGGACUACAGGCAAUUGAUACCAUGAUGCCAUCUUAUCAACAGUAUCAACACGGUCCCUUUCUGUCAAGGAAGGUAGCAAUUAAGGUGUCAUGUCUAUAUUUAACAGAAGAUGAAGAACUGCCAAAGGCAAUACUGAAAAAUGAAUACAUGCCUGAAGGAUCAAGACACCUGUUCAAAUUUGUUAACUGGAGUGACUUUCUUCCUGCAAAGUAUAAAAAGAUCCAUGUUUACAGGGAGCCCAUUAUUGGAAAACUGAAUGCUUCCUAUCCAGGACUUGUUGAUAGUAGAGUAUCUCCUCUGAUAGUCACUGACUCCCAGUUACAGAGAUUGCCAUUAACUUAUGUCCUCACAUGUGAACACGACAUCCUAAGAGAUGAUGGACUUAUUUAUGUCACCCGACUCAGAAAUGCUGGAGUUCCAGUCACACAUGACCAUAUAGAGGAUGGAAUACAUGGAGCCAUAGCAUUUUCCACAGCCCCAGUUUAUUUAAAUUUAGGUUUGAGGGUAAUAGAUAAGUAUAUUAGUUGGUUAGAAGAAAGUCUAUAA